GGUGCCACUCGCCUUUACGAUAGUAUGAUUGACGUCAUAAAAACUUUCCAACGUAAUGGUGAUCGGUCUCGUCCCUGGAUUUUUGUUGUCGUGACUGAUGGUGAUGACAAUCGUAGCAGUCGAAGUUUAAGAAAAUGCGCUGAAGAAAUAUCACGUCUAUUUACAAAGGAAUCAAGUAAUUUCCUGUUUGUAGUUGGAGUUGGAGACGGUGUAGAUUCAACGAAAAUGGAACAGAUGGCUAGCAUUGGCAACUUUAUCUACUUUCCCGUCAAAGAAUUUUACCUUCUUGAACUUGUAUUCUUGACUAUCGCUCACAAAAUCACCACUUCUCUAUCUCUCUCGGUUGGAAAUCUUUCUGUUGGUAACUAUUCCGCAUCAUGGGCCGAGGUUCAAAGACACAGAAAUCUCUGCCAAGUGGCGAUAGAUUAUGCUCUCUUGAUCGAUGUAUCUGCUUCUAUGAAUAGUGUAAUACUUCCGCCACCACCUCAAUGUUUUGAAGGACAUGAUUUGAAAAAGAAAUAUCACAGAGGGGAUUG